UCCAGACGACUUCCAACAUCUCAGACGACUCAGACGAUUUACUGGGGCUAUAUUCGUAAAAAUGGCUUCUGUUUUUUUGUUUGGUCACAAAGGGCGGAACUGUAAUUUCACUAGGUUUUUAGGUUAGUUUUGCAUUUGAUUCAAAUUUGGGUAUAAGUUUGGGAUUAAAAUCAAGUUGUGAGUUAGUUUUGGCAAAAACCCCAAUUUUCAAAUUCAAUAACAAACAAAAUUACAAUAUUACAUAGAGACUGUAAUUCUGUAGUUUUUUGAUGAAGUCUUUGUGUUGUCAUCUAAUGCUAGCUAUUUGUGAUAUGAUAUGCGGUUAAUACUAAUUAACUAUCAUCAAUUAUCCGAUCAUAUUGGGCCGUCAAGCCGAUAUCAGAAGAUAUACACCCCUAUUUUUCCGUGUAAAUGCGAAUCAGUUUUCAUUGUACAAUGUGAAUGCCGGUUGAGCUGUAAUAUUUAUGGUAAAUCUCCAUUUCAGAAUUAUGUUAGCCAAACUAGAAACCAUGUGCCAUUUAUUUCACCCACAAAAACCAGAGUUAUAGAGGUCUACAAAAGUCUCCUAAUUUUCAACAUUAAUUGAAUUUUAUUUACGCGCUAGAUAAUUGUUUGUAGUAUACGUCAAAUCUUAUCAUAUCAUUUUCAGAAGAGUAACUGUAUGAUGUAAAUUACCCCCAAUAAGUCCCAUAAUAUAGAUAGGUCCAGAUUCUACCUAAACAUCUCUAAAUUUCAUUAAUGGUUUCAUUUCAUGUUUCUGCAGCAUUAUACUGAAAUAGUUUGAUGUCACAUAAUACAUACCACAUAAGCUCACAUUACAGGUCGCUCUUUAUACCAUGUGAUGAUGAUAAAUCGAAACUAUAAGUAAUAUAUAAAUGAAACAAUGCCAAAACGUUUCCCUUGAAUAAUUUCAUAAACAAAAAAGAAAAAGAUAUUUCCCUUGCAAAUGCCAGUUUUAAAAAGUUUCUUCAAGAAAAUGGCAUUUUGGCUGUGUGUGAUCUUUUGUCUUUUCGCAUUCGCUUCCUCAACUCCACCAGAUGAUCCGGUCAAGUGUGAGUCCGGAAACACAAUAUGCACGGUUACGAAUUCGUAUGGAGCAUUUCCUGACCGCUCCAUAUGCGAAGCUGCAAAGGUGGAGUACCCAAGAACCGAGGCUGAGCUCGUCUCUGUGGUGGCUGCAGCCACUAGAGCCGGCCAAAAGAUGAGGGUUGUGACUCGGUACUCUCACAGCAUCCCAAAGCUGGUCUGCACUGACGGAAAGGACGGGAUUCUCAUAAGCACCAAAUUUCUAAACCAUGUGGUGCGAACCGAUCCCAAGGCCGAGACUUUGACGGUUGAGAGCGGCGUGACGCUAAGGGAGCUGAUAGAAGAAGCGGCCAAGUUGGAGCUGGCGUUACCGUACGCACCGUACUGGUGGGGACUAACGGUUGGAGGGAUGAUGGGGACGGGUGCUCACGGUAGUUCGCUGUGGGGUAAAGGAAGUGCUGUCCAUGAUUACCUGACCGAGAUAAGACUCGUGAGUCCCGGUUCGGUUUCUGACGGGUAUGUGAAGGUUAGGGUUCUUAGUGAGACUAUGAACCCUGAAGAAUUUAAUGCAGCCACCGUUUCUUUAGGACUUCUUGGUGUUAUAUCUCAGGUAACUUUCAAAUUGGAACCAAUGUUCAAGAGAUCCUUGACGUAUGUUAUGAAAAACGAUUCCGACUUUGGAGAUCAAGCCUUGACAUUUGGUAAACAACACGAGUUUGCGGACUUCUUAUGGUUACCAAGCCAAGGAAAAGUUGUGUAUAGAAUUGAUGACCGAGUUCCGACAAACGCUUCGGGAGAUGGCGUGUUCAGUUUCUUCCCAUUCCGUUCACAAGUCUCUGUGGUCGUUGCCUUCGUCAGAUCCUUAGAGGAAAGUGACGAGUUGUCUGGAGAUGCAAACAGAAAGUGUGCAAGAGCAAGAAGAAUAUCAUCCUUUUUGUUUGGAAUCUCAUUCGGUGUGACCAAUAAUGGCUUUAUAUUUACAGGCUAUCCGGCUGUCGGAAGCCAAGACCGUAUGAUGUCUUCCGGUUCAUGUCUAGACAGCCAUCAAAACGGAUUGAUCACAGCUUGUCCGUGGGAUCCACGCAUAAAAGGCGAGUUUGUUCACCAAACAACAUUCAGUAUUCCUCUCACACAUGUCAAAGAUUUCAUCAGCGACGUCAAAGCUCUUGUAAAGAUCGAACCCAAAUCUCUCUGCGUCCUUGAACUCAACAACGGCAUUUUAAUGCGAUAUGUCACAUCCUCUCCUGCCUUUCUUGGGAAGGAAGAAAAAGCUUUAGAAUUUGACCUAACUUACUACAGAAGCAAAGAUGAUCCUUUGACACCCCGUCUCUACGAGGAUUAUAUUGAAGAGAUCGAGCAAAUGGCGCUCUUGAAGUACAAUGCUUUGCCACAUUGGGGAAAGAAUAGGAACAUCGCCUUUGAUGGUGUCAUUAAGAAGUACAAGAACGCAAACUUGUUUCUGAAAGUAAAGGAGAGAUUGGAUCCCUCGGGGUUGUUUUCUACAGAAUGGACCGAUCAGAUUCUAGGGUUAAAAGGAAACGUGACGGUUGUGAAACAAGGAUGUGCAUUGGAAGGGCUAUGUAUUUGUUCGGAGGAUUCUCAUUGUGCUCCUAACAAAGGUUAUUUGUGUCGGCCAGGUAAAGUUUAUAGUGCAGCUAGGGUUUGUACUCGUGUAAGUGCUUGAGAGUGAUUAUUAACCUCCAAACUAUCGAAGAAUCAUACUUAAAUAAAUAACUAUUGAAGCUCCACCUCUCAAAUCGUGUCCACUUUUAAUUAUAAACGGCCUCGUGAGUCUGUGAUAACCACCAUUUGAUCAUCCUCUGUUAUCUGCUCCUGAUGAGGAUGGAUCCAUCAUCCAUCGUAUGUUGGGCUUUCUAUGUAUGAAAAAACAGAGUAAUUGUUUUGGAGACAUACUUUAGCAAUAUUGAGUUAUCGAUUAUUGACGAAGCCGUACCAAGUACCAAGAAUAAGAUAGAAAAUAGGGAAUGGUCUUCAAAUUACUAGUGUAUUUCCAUAUAACUAUUUAGCAUCCUUUAUAACAAUUUUUAAGUAUUUAAAGAAAUCCAUUAGCUUAUGCAAGUUUCAUUCAUCAUGCAACACCGGGAACUAGGUAACCUGAAAAAGAGAAGAAAUCACAAGUAAUCAAACUUAUAAUCUAUUAAAUAUCAAAAAGAUAUCUACUAGUGAUAUUCGGUUACUAGAGACGACGAGGUUACUACAGAGUAAAAUAUAAUUCGUAUUUCAAUAUGUGAUGAUUUAUUUUUGCUAAAAUUCAAUAGUGAUGUUUUGGACAACUAGUGAUAUACACAUAUUUAUGGGUUUUGGUUGCAAGGCUUUGAAUAGUUGUUUUGGAUUCAUUUAACCACAUUGAGUUACAUAUUUCAUCAUAUAUUUUUUUAUAGCAGUGAGGCAGAUUAAAAAGAUUGUUUUAUUUUAAGGUAAUUCUAAAACUAAAAUAAUUAAAAUAAAAGGGUGUU